CAAAACUUCAAAGUCCAUGCCCAAGAACGUCAAUGCCACAUUUCAUAGUAGGCCCUUACUCUUGGAAUCUUCGAGACAGUUUCAAUGCUUACCCCACCGCUCUCACAGGUGACAGUGCCACCGAGAAUGAGGCACAAGCUUGUACCACUUGUCCCACAAGCGCACUUCGCCAAGCGGGUCCCCAGCACCCCACGACAUGUCUAAUGGAGCCAUCAUCGCAGUUGUUUAUGGCUUGGUCGCAUCGUGAGAGCGUACGUGUUGGGCCGAUCGAUGUCUAUGUUUACGUGGGAUCGACUUCGAUCCAUUCGCUGAACAAGCAAUACUUCAUUCGCCAGAUUCCUCAGCACAAGACAUGACACUGUACUCUCCGCUUCUGAGCAGGUUGACCAACUGCUUCACCGGGUGUAGGCGCGAUGUGUACGUACUCAGCAAUCGUAUUUUCAAGUCCGUCUACCGCUUGUUGCGCGCUCUUGGAGCUUCUUCUGGUUGUGCACUCUGAUAGGGGAACAAACUUUGCUGCCAUAGUCAGAGCAGCUUCUGACACCGAUAUAUUCAUAAACGUCUACCGAAUUACCAAUUUACUAGGUUUGUGUCUGAGUUCCUUGACAAUUAUUUCAUCAUUGCCGCAGUCACCCCGCGUCAUGUCUCACCCCCUCCUUCACAUGUUCGUUCUUCGAUCUUUUUCUGCGAGUGGCCUCGCCCGAAUUCAAACUGCCAUGGAGGCUUUCAGUUCGGAAGCUAACUCGAUCGGAAGAAUUGAUCUGAUUCGCGAAGUUAUUGAGGAUCCAGCAUUGAGACAUGGGGUCCUAUGUAGCUGUAGAAAUACCAUUUCCAACUCCCGGGUGAUGACGGGACAAUCGAUUCGGAGGGCCAGGCGGGUGCAUUAACUCACAAUCGAAUUUGCUAUUGCACCCGUGACUCUAGAUUUGCUCCCUCCGUUAGGUUAUAUUAGGUCGAAUGAGCCUUCAUAUUAGCAUUGGAGGGCCAGAGCUAGCAGACUGGGG